AUGGUCACGAUCUGGAACAAACACACUGCCUGUUUAAGAGACACGCCCAGCAGAGGAAUGUUCAGGUUAAAGAAUUCUUCAACUAGCUGCAACACGCAGGACAGGGUGCAGCAACCACUCUUCCUACAACCACUCUUCCAGCAACCACUCUUCCAGCUCCACUCUUCCAGCAACCACUCUUCCAGCUCCACUCUUCCAGCUCCACUCUUCCAGCAACCACUCUUCCAGCUCCACUCUUCCAGCAACCACUCUUCCAGCAACCACUCUUCCUACAACCACUCUUCCUACAACCCCUCUUCCUACAACCACUCUUCCUACAACCCCUCUUCCUACCACCACUCUUCCUACAACCACUCUUCCUACAACCCCUCUUCCUACCACCACUCUUCCUACAACCACUCUUCCUACAACCACUCUUCCUACAACCCCUCUUCCUACCACCACUCUUCCUACAACCACUCUUCCUACAACCACUCUUCCUACAACCACUCUUCCAGCAAACACUCUUCCUACAACCACUCUUCCAGCAAACACUCUUCCUACAACCACUCUUCUAGCAACCACUCUUCCAGCAACCACUCUUCCUACAACCACUCUUCCUACAACCCCUCUUCCUACAACCCCUCUUCCUACAACCCCUCUUCCUACAACCACUCUUCCUACAACCACUCUUGCUACAACCACUCUUCCUACAACCACUCUUCCUACAACCACUCUUCCAGCAAACACUCUUCCUACAACCACUCUUCCAGCAACCACUCUUCCUACAACCACUCUUCCAGCAACCACUCUUCCUACAACCACUCUUCCAGCAACCACUCUUCCUACAACCACUCUUCCUACAACCACUCUUCCUACAACCACUCUUCUAGCAACCACUCUUCCAGCAACCACUCUUCCUACAACCACUCUUCCUACAACCCCUCUUCCUACAACCCCUCUUCCUACAACCCCUCUUCCUACAACCACUCUUCCUACAACCACUCUUGCUACAACCACUCUUCCUACAACCACUCUUCCUACAACCACUCUUCCAGCAAACACUCUUCCUACAACCACUCUUCCAGCAACCACUCUUCCUACAACCACUCUUCCAGCAACCACUCUUCCUACAACCACUCUUCCAGCAACCACUCUUCCUACAACCACUCUUCCUACAACCACUCUUCCUACAACCACUCUUCCUACAACCACUCUUCCAGCAACCACUCUUCCUACAACCACUCUUCCUACAACCACUCUUCCUGCUCUGCUUAG